AUGGGUGAUUCGCUCGUUCACCAGGAGUAUGGCCGCACUCGUGUGCAAUGGCUCGCCUCGCUCAACACCGAGUACAACCCUCCCAACCAGUUCCGCCGGACGAGCAUCAUUUGCACAAUCGGCCCAAAGACCAACUCUGCUGAGAAGAUCAACAUGCUCCGCCAAGCAGGUCUCAACGUUGUGCGCAUGAACUUCUCCCACGGCAGCUACGACUACCACCAAUCCGUCAUCGACAACGCCCGCAAGGCCGAGAAAGAGCUCGAAGGCCGUCCCGUCGCCAUCGCCCUCGACACCAAGGGCCCCGAGAUCCGAACAGGCAACACACCCGGUGACGAGGACAUUCCCAUCUCCGCCGGCACCGAGAUCAACAUUACCACCGACGAGAAGUACGCCACUGAGAGCGACAACAAGAACAUGUACGUCGACUACAAGAACAUCACAAAGGUCAUUGAGAAGGGACGCAUCAUCUAUGUGGAUGACGGUGUUCUUGCGUUUGAGGUGUUGGAGGUUGUGGAUGAGAAGACGCUGAAGUGCAAGACGAUCAACAAUGGCAAGAUUAGCAGCAAGAAGGGUGUGAAUCUUCCAAAGACGGAUGUUGAUCUCCCUGCUCUGUCAGAGAAGGACAAGGCAGAUCUCAGAUUCGGUGUCAAGAACAACGUCGACAUGGUCUUCGCCAGCUUCAUCCGCCGAAAGGAGGACAUCCUGGCCAUCCGCGAAGUGCUCGGAGAGGACGGCAAGGACAUUCAGAUCAUCGCCAAGAUCGAGAACCAGCAGGGAGUCAACAACUUCGACGAGAUUCUCAAGGUCACUGACGGUGUCAUGGUCGCUCGUGGUGACUUGGGUAUUGAGAUCCCACCAGCUCAGGUCUUCAUCGCACAGAAGAUGAUGAUCACCAAGUGCAACAUUGCCGGCAAGCCGGUCAUUUGCGCCACACAGAUGCUUGAGAGCAUGACAUACAACCCACGUCCAACACGUGCUGAAGUCAGCGAUGUUGGCAACGCUGUUCUGGACGGUGCCGACUGUGUCAUGCUGUCGGGAGAGACAGCCAAGGGUAACUACCCCAAGGAGGCUGUCACCAUGAUGAGCGACACUUGCUUGUUGGCAGAGGUCGCCAUCCCAUACAUCAACGCAUUCGACGAGCUCAAGCAGCUUGCACCACGACCAGUUCCUACCACCGAAAGUGUCGCAAUGGCUGCCGUGUCCUCUUCUCUCGAGCAGAACGCAGGCGCCAUCUUGGUGCUGACCACAUCCGGAAGCACCGCGCGUCUUCUGUCGAAGUACCGCCCAGUUUGCCCGAUCAUCAUGGUCACCCGAAACGCCAGUGCCUCCCGCUACUCCCACCUCUACCGUGGCGUCUAUCCCUUCCACUACGCACAAGAGAAGCCCGAUUUCACCAAGACCCCCUGGCAAGAAGACGUUGACGCCCGUCUCAAGUGGGGCAUCAAGAACGCCAUCCGUCUGGGCGUGCUCAAGAAGGGCGACGCAGUCGUCUGUGUACAAGGCUGGAGAGGCGGAAUGGGCCACACCAACACUAUCCGUGUCGUGCCGGCCGAGGACGACUUGGGUCUCGAUCAGAAUGCUUAG